CGCCCUCUUCUUCUCCUCCUCGUCCUCCUCCUCCCACCACUCCCACUCAUGAGCUAACGUGAGCUCGAGCUAGCUACCUAGCUCCACUCCAGCCACCGGUUCCAUCUCCCCCCAAGGGCUGGGCACAGUAGCACGGCCAGCUACAUCUUCGAUCACUCACGAGUCACGACCAUGGACCGCAGGGACAGGCACCGCAAGAACUCGUCGUCCUCCUCGUCGUCCUCGUCCUCGUCGGCGGCGUCCAUGGCCGCGCUCGCUGCCGCGGCGGCUGCCGGGGACAGCAGGGCGGCGCUGCCGCCUCGCGUGGUGGAGGAGGAGGAGGAGGGGAAGCCCACGGUGGUGGUGGCGCCGUCUCUGGUGACCGUGGUGGGCUCCUCCUCGUCGUCCGCCUCCGCGGGCGCCGCCGGCGCCGGUGGCGCUUCCUCUAGCUACUCCAACUCGGUGGCCGCGGCGUCGACGAGGAGGGGCGGCGGUCGAGCUGGUGGCGCCGCGUCGGGCAGCGUCGGGCCGAGGUGCCAGGUGGAGAGGUGCGGCAUCGACCUCACCGAGGCCGGGAAGUACAACCGGAGGCACAAGGUGUGCCAGACGCACUCCAAGGAACCCGUCGUGCUCGUCGCCGGCCUCCGCCAGCGCUUCUGCCAGCAAUGCAGCCGGUUCCAUGAGCUCGAGGCGUUCGACGACAUGAAGAAGAGCUGCCGCAACCGGCUGACCGGCCACAACGAACGCCGCCGGAAGAGCGCGGCGGACACGCACGCCGGCCGCAGCGGCGAGAACUGCCGCAACGGCGCCGACCACGACGGCCGGGGCCACCCUGGCCCGGGGCCGGGCCCGGGCCCGUUCCAGAUCAGAUAAACCUAAAGCAUGCUCCCUCUCUUCUGUCAUGCAAAUUAACAAGUUAAGCCAUGCUCGCGUGCUGCUGCUGCUGCUACUACUACUACUAUACUGCAUAUCUACGCCCAUCUAUCCAUCCAUCUAUCUACCACUACCUGCAUUAUUCAUGAAUCUACGAAGUAUUCUACGUCUACAUAUGUAUCCUUGUGUGCUGCUGCUAUACUAACCGGCAGUGUGAUCGUCUCCCUGUAUUGCUUGCUGCUGCUGCUACGUAUAGGAAGAGCUCGAUCGCUAGCUGGAGGUAUAAUGUGCUACUGCUACCUAUCUAUCUAUGUCGUCUGCCAGAAAUAACCCUAGGCUAUUGUGACCUGGUGAUUAAGCAGGUGUUGGAGUGAUCCUCCCUCUGUGUGUGUGUGCGUAUGCAUGAUUGAUGUGUAAUUGUAUUGCCUUGUGCCCAACAGAAACUUGUGUAGGCUGUGUAUGCCUAUGUAUGUUGUUGUGCCGGGAUGGCAGUGGUAAUAUAUGCUAUUUAUAUAUACGAGUAAUUAACCGUCUUCUGCAGGCUGUUCUGUGAGAUUUUUUUUU